UAUGCUGAUCAGAUAAUGGGGCUUUUCUACAAGGUUUUUGCUUGCAGAAACGCCACAGCACAUAAAGAAGCCAUGCUAGCCAUUGGAGCCCUUGCCUAUGCUAUAGGCGCCGAUUUUGCCAAAUACAUGCCUGAAUUUUACAGGUUUCUGGAGAUGGACCUUCAGAAUUUUGAGGAUUAUCAAUUUUGUGCCGUCACUGUUGGUGUGGUGGGGGACUUGUGCAGGGCAUUGGAAGAUAAAAUACUGCCUUACUGUGAUGGGAUUAUGACACAACUUCUGAAGAAUUUGUCAAGUGAUAAUUUGCACCGUUCUGUGAAGCCCCCAUUGUUCUCUUGCAUUGGUGAUAUAGCUCUUGCAAUAGGAGAAAACUUUAAUAAAUACUUGAUGUAUGCAAUGAACACACUGCAGCUUGCCUCAGAGUUGUAUGCCCACACAUCAGGUUUUGAUGAUGAAAGGACGGAGUACAUUAAUUCUUUGAAAAAUGGAAUAUUAGAGGCAUAUUCUGGGAUUUUCCAAGGGUUCAAGAAUUCAUCAAAAACCCAGCUGUUGAUUCCUUAUGCACCUCACAUCCUCCAAUUCUUGGAUAGCAUAUACAUGGAAAAAGACAUGGAUGAAGUGGUUAUGAAAACAGCAAUUGGAGUCCUUGGAGAUCUGGCUGAUACGCUAGGAAGCAAUGCAGGUUCUUUAAUUCAGCAGUCUUUGUCAAGCAAAGAAUUUUUAGAUGAAUGUUUGACCUCAGAAGAUCAUUUGAUUAAAGAAUCUGCUGAGUGGGCCAAGUUGGCUAUCAAUCGUGCUAUAUCUGUUUGAGGUUCAUCUGAGUUGCAUAUUCUUUUUCGUAAACUACCUGCAUGCAUUUGGGUGUCAAAAUCGGUAUUGGGAGAUUGCAUGAGUCAAGUUGUCACUAACACUUGCAUCAUCACCAAUGCAUCACUGACUUUUGCAUGAGCACCAUCGAGUCCAGUUUGGUCAAGAGGAAGAAGGUAGCAAUGAGUUUGCAAAUGCGGGUGUGGGUCUUCAUGGGACACAUAAUUGGUUGCAUGGCCGAGGGGAGGCGGUAACUGAUCCAUGAUUGAAAAAUUAAGAUACCUUUGAUGCUGGGUCUGAAGUUGGUCUUAUUAGAAGAUAAACCCAUUAUAGCCUGACAAUGGUUUUCCCAUAAACUAGCCAUGGGUUGUUAGAAUGGUGGAAUUCACAGGGUUGAACUGGUUUU